AGAUGCCAUUCCAUCAUGUCACGGCUGGGCUGUUGUAUAAAGGAAACUAUCUGAACCGGUCCCUCUCCGCUGGCAGUGACAGUGAGCAGCUUGCCAACAUCUCAGUGGAAGAGUUGGACGAAAUCAGAGAAGCUUUCCGAGUCCUGGACCGCGAUGGCAAUGGUUUCAUUUCGAAACAAGAGCUGGGGAUGGCCAUGCGUUCGUUGGGAUACAUGCCUAGUGAGGUGGAACUGGCAAUCAUCAUGCAGCGCCUGGACAUGGAUGGGGACGGCCAAGUUGAUUUUGAUGAAUUCAUGACUAUCCUUGGACCAAAACUGGUGUCAUCAGAAGGGCGAGAUGGUUUUCUGGGAAACACCAUUGACAGCAUAUUCUGGCAGUUUGACAUGCAGCGGAUAACACUGGAAGAACUAAAACAUAUUCUUUAUCAUGCGUUCCGGGACCACUUGACAAUGAAGGACAUUGAAAAUAUUAUCAUCAAUGAGGAAGAGAGUCUAAACGAGAACUCAGGCAACUGCCAGACAGAAUUUGAAGUGCACUCUCAGAAACAGAACCGGCAGACCUGCGUGCGGAAAAGCUUGAUAUGUGCUUUUGCUAUGGCCUUUAUUAUCAGCGUCAUGUUGAUUGCCGCUAAUCAGAUCCUCCGGAGUGGCAUGGAGUAGCCAUAACACUGUGAAACCAACCAUCCACGCAUGCGCAUGCUGCCCGGUGAACUUUCUCCCCAGUCGACGUCACAAAGCGCGUGAGAGAGAGAGUGAAGAGUUCAGCAAAGGACCAGCAGCGUAUCAGUUGCCCAUCGGAUACAUCCUCUUGGCAGGGACAUAAAAGGGCUGUCUUAAUGCUUUAAUUAUUUUUCUUUCCUAAUGCAAUAAAAAAACAACCAUAGGAGCCCUAUUCCAUUACUAUUUCUCCUCCCCUUCCUUAUUCUUAUUCUUCUUCGUGUGGCAACAGUAGAUUUGGAGCAAGGAUUCCCCGUCAGCCCUAGCUAUACGUUUUUCAAACUUCAAGAAAACUAGACCAUGCAGAGUGGGUGGAUCUGUGCAAAUGGCUUCCUUUUGGGCCAGGAGGUCCUUAAACUCAUCUUUCCAACGGUAGAUGGAAACCAAUACCUGGAUGACCACACGAAGAGAUAAACUCGCUGUUUCUUCAGAUCCAUUUGACUUCAUCGUUUUAGGUUUUACUCCUCUGUCAAUGGAAGGGAAAUGAAUUCAGGGAUGCAGUCAGAGGAGUUUUAUUCAUUUGUUUAUCGUAAGACUUGGCAGGUUUAGAAGACAACCAUCCUUGCACUUCACUUGCCCAGGAAAUGCUUUGUCCCCAGGGAAGGAAAGACUGUCUAAUCUGGCCAACGCCAAGUCUUCCUCUGUCACCCUUUGAACCCGUGCUGUGCACCUUGAGCGUUCACCUGAUUUGUCUUUAUCCUGUUCAAACAUGUCUAAACUUAGUUUACCAGAAAUCUACUGCUACUGGUAACCAUUGCAGAAAAAGAAGAAAAAAGAACUUUGUAAGUUGGGCAAGGUCAAAGCAGGACAUCUCACUUACCGGCCCUCUACCCUGCAUUAUCCUAAUGCAGCUGUAAUUGGCCGCAGAAUCUUCCCCUCGUUCCUCAAAGCCUGAGUUAGAAAGAAUUCUGGAACAGAUGCAGAUGCUUCUCCCCACAAGGGAUGGGAUUUGUGGACUUGCUGAACUACAAAUUCCAUAAUUUGGCAUUCUAGGAGUUCUACCCAGAGUGGGUUAGAAUGUGGCUCACCUGGGAGAAGUCCUAAGAUGGAAGGGCCACCCAGAGGCUCACCUGUUCCUCCCCGAAGGCUAUCUGGGAACUCCUAUUUCCAACCAUCUCAGUUUAGGCCUUUCCUCCCAGCCAAGCCACAUUUAUGGGUCUAAGUCAGGUAGAACUUGCCAAAUAGAGAAUGAUAGGAUUUGUGGUGUAAGAAGUUUAAAAAGCCAUCUCUAUUCUUCACUCCUUUCUGCCUCCCUUUUUUUCCCUCUCUAAGAUCAGCUGGCAGGAGAGGCUUCUGCUAACAGAAGCAGAAAUACCAACCGUUGCAAAGUCUGUAAAUUAGGAUUAUAUCAACAUGGCUCACAUGUAAAGAUUAAGUUACGCAAGUAUGAUUGCAUCUGGUUCCAACCCAUUGGUUUCAAGAGAAAUGUUUUAAAAUAAGCAAAGGAUGAUGAUUGGCUGACACUUGCAUGGGAUUUGUCACUCUUUUGCAUACUGUAUAGCGCAGCCUUCUUAAUGAACCUGGUUGCAAGAAUAAGCCCUUUGCCGGUGUGAGGGUAGCAUUUGACUGGGGCCUGGGCAUCGUGAUUAUGGGCCAGUCACAUUAACCUACCUUACAGGGCGGUUGGGAAGAUAAAGCGCGGGGGGGGGAUAUGUGUUUGCUGCCCUGAGCACUACCUGUAACAUGUCUGAAUUUAGAGGAGUCUGAAAACAGUUACUGGUAGCAAUUUUGCUGAAAUCAAGUUCUAAGCAAUGUGUUACUUAAAUUUGCAACGGUGGUUGCAGAAAAUGAGGAAAGGGGAAUCAUAUAUCCAUUUUGAAAUUACAGAUUCUAAUACAGUAAGACUUUUUUCUUCAGGAAGUGGUUAUGGUUCUUGAAAAUAAGCGCUGCCGAAUUUGCUUAUUUUUGCUUCUGUGUAGGUUUUGCACUUUCCUUCUGAAGCAAAGGUGUUUUCUCCCCUCAUUCCUCAAAGCCUCAUGUAACAAAUUAUUUAUACAUAUAAAGCAUUGUCAAAUGUUCCAAUUGCCUCAGGUAGCCAUUCCUGUUUAUGUGUAUUUAUAUUUGAAGCAUUCUGUAUUCCAUUUUAUCAAUAGCUCUGAAGUAUUUUUUUUAAAAAAUACGAGCAAACUGAUAAAAGCACAAAAAAAACAAGAACUUUAAAGAGAGAGAUGUUCAAAAUCAAUUUGUUUUACAAGAGAUUUUUGCCUAGCACCCUAAAAAUAACUUUGAUGUCAAGAAAGGAAGGAAAAUAUUUCAUACCUGGAGCACCCUGGGUUGGAGAAAACACUUCUGUCACAUAAAUUUAAGCAUCACUGCAUUUUUUUCUAAGUCCCAAGUCCCUUGAAAGAUACUUUUUAAUGAUUAUUUCCCUUUCCAGUACCAACACGAGAGAUCAUCAUUCAAUUAUUGUUUAGUUCUUGAACUUUCUAUUUAGAGCACUUACAGAAAAAGGUACACAGCAGAAAACUGCAUACAAAAAGAGAAUAUGAAAUUGGCGUGAGAAAGCCCAAAACCCCCCACGUGUGUUAAUGAAAGACCAGGGGGAAAUCGUUUUUGUGUUGCUUAUUUGCUUUUAUGGUUUGGAAUAGCAGCAAAGUGACAUGAAGGAUGAUGGAGAAAAAAGUCUUACAGGCAACUUCUCCUUCCCAGCCAAAUUUCUCCAUGAGUAGAAGAGAUUUCUAACAGCUCUAUUAGUAGCGCUCUAUAAGGUGUCAUGCCUUCUGCCUGUACAACACCCUUUCCUUCCAAAGCUUUUGCUCAGUCCUUGCUGAAUUUCAUUUUAAUCAAGUGAACAAAAAGGGAAGUUUGGAUAAUCAAAUCUUUUGUUGAAAUCCUAGAAUUUUGUGAUUGGGAUCAGAAGAUGCUGAGGAGACUUGAAAGAAUUCUGUUAGACCGAACAUAAUUCAAGCCAUUGUAAAUUUCAACAACCAAAAGAGAGGGGGGGGAAGCCUGUGAUGAAAUAAACCUCUAUAUUUUAGCUAUAUUAUUAAUUGUAUUGAAUGCAGGAGGAUGGAAAGGCACAUACUCCUUUCUUUUAAGGGGUAUCCGAGGAGUGAGUAUAGUCUUCGUGGAGUCUCAUCCCAUUUUGCCCAAACUGGAAAUGAUUCUGUAGGUCCUUGCGAAGAGCAUUUAUACAAUUUUCAGCACAGCCAUUGUUCCAUAACAAUUGUUUCGAAGGUGGAAACAGUAACAUCUUCCAGUACAACUAAAUAAGAACCUGUGUUUCAAAUGCAUUCUCUUGCAUGCGACUUUUUUAGGGGGGAAAAAGAGUAUUUUAAUAUAUACCUACUAUAUUAUUGCACUGUAUAAAGUAUAUAAGGGGAAGAUACUGCCAUAUAUCCAGACUACUUAGCCACUGUACAUAUCUUAAUCUGUAUUUUGAAAAGAGAGUGAGAAGACAAUUUAAUUUUAAUCAUGGUUUAUGCAAUAGAAAUAAAGUUGCUUUUGUCUUUUG